AAAAUAAAAAUAAAAAUGUAUCCGUCAAUGAGGAGUAUAGAGUUGUUUCGUAGUGUUUCAGUGGAUGAUUUUGAUUCUUGCGCUGCUUGUUUGUUGAAAAGGUCCAACGCUAUGCGCAGGAAGGGUCGGAGAGUAGUGGCAGGACAAAGGGUGUUGCUAAGGGAUGAAAAAGACAGACUAUCCGCCCCUCUGAAGGGCAAGAAUGGAAAUACGAGUUUAAUACCUUACAGACGCAUUUUGAAAAAUCUGAGACGCCUACAGAUGAAAGAGCAACAAAAGAAAAUCAAGGACAGUGUGGGAGUGAAACUUUUGAAAAAGAAAAAAAGGACUUCGUGGUUCUUGAAGGUGAAGGACAUUUACAGCAGAUCUGACGAAAGAAUACAGCAAGUUGAUGGCGGUUUCUUCGAAAAAUUCGGUUCCUUAUUUCGGGAACAUGCGGAAAUGGCAAAAACGAAAGAACAGGAAGAGAAGAGGGAAGUAGCAGAGAAAGCAGCAGAAAUAACUCCCAAAGAGGGAGAUGAAGAGGACAAUGACGAAACUACACUUCCUGUGAUUGCUGAAAGCGAAGCUGAAGACAGUGCAGCUUCAGCUUCAGAUUCCGACAGCGAAACAGAAAAGGACAAGGGUGAUCUAAUAGCUGCGGCGUUUAACAUCGAUGAAUUAUAUACAGAAAUACUGUACAUAAUCAUUCACAACGUAGGCUGCAACGUGGAGGUCAGCCAGAAUGCCUUAUUCAGUUAUGCCCAAGAUGCCUUUAGGAUCCCCAACGACAAGCACAGGAAGCUGAUGGAAGAAGCAGAAAGCAAAGCCGAUCCAGAACUGAUGAUCAACGUCGAGGUCAUCGAAGCCAAAGAACUAAGGUCGAAGGACUCAAAUGGCUUGAGCGAUCCAUUCGUUACUCUGUAUCUAGCAUCGAAUUCUUCACAUAGAUACAAUACUUCGGUUAAGAGUAUGACGCUGAAUCCUAUAUGGGAGGAACAUUUUGCUUUACCUAUAACAGAUAAAUCUAUUGACGACAGCCUGUGUCUGGAAGUGUGGGAUUUCGAUCCCGCCGAAACCGUUAAAGAAAAAUUAGGCAAAAUAUUUGACGUUAAAGGUGUUAAAGGUAUGAGAAAACUAGUCAAAGAAAUCGCAGUCACGGCAACCACAGGCCAACAUGUCAACGAACUGAUAGGCAGAGCUAAUAUACCCUUAAAUACCAUCCCUGCUUCAGGAAUGACUAUGUGGUACAGCCUGGACAAGAAAAACAAAGUGACUCGGCAGGGAAUUGUGAAAGUGCGAGUGUCAUUUAGUUCGGGAAAGAAUAAUCAGGUGGCGCAACAAGAACACAGGCAUAUGAGACGGAUUAUAUUGUUACACGAAUUAGAAUUAUCCAAGGUGGCGCCUCAUUGGUGGUGCGGGAACUUCACUUACCAAGGCCAGCAACUCCUCGAUCAGCACAUAGCCCAAUCGGGCUUAACUCAAACCGAAGUUGAACUCUGCGCGUACUCGGUCUACGCAGGAGUUCAUCAAAAUCACCCCCUCAGCUUCACCCUAUUUUCCAAAUCAUUGGAAAAACUGGUGAAGCCUCUCCAAACAGAAACUAUCUGUGAGGAGGAAGUGAAACUCUUCUGGGAAGCGACGAAAAAAUUGCUCCCUUCUUGUUUCAGUAUUAUUAGGAAGAUUAGAAAGAAAGGCACUACGGAAAAAGCCGUUAUGAAGCAAGUGAUAGAAGUUUUAAAAAUUCUGAAUUAUAUCGGUAUUCUUGAGCCGAGGAAUAUAGAAUUAUUUCCGUCCAAUCUGUAUCCAUGGGUGACGUUCCAUGGCGACGGACCAAACUGUGAUAUUUUGGGCACUCUGAGUGACGCGGUGUCGCAAGGGGCCAACGACUGGCUGAAUCACCUCAUCGAAAAUAAUAGGAAACCAGAUGAAAGUGAGCUGGCCAGGUUGCAGAACCUGAUUCAGUUGAUACAGCUUGUCAGGAGUGAUUUGCAGAAAGCCAUAGAGUUCUACGACAAACUGUUUAUAGAUCUCGUCAAAUUCCAAUACGCCAAGUGCCUCUAUAUCUUCUACCAAGCCAAAAUUGCCACCUUAUGCGAGCCGGAAGUGAGGGAAAUAUGUAAAAGUUUGAAGAAGCUCCAUUACAUAGGAUACAGUUACACCAGUGCACCCACCAAUUCAGAUCCUGAAGAGGAUCCCCUUUCAGAAGGAACUUCACUAUUUGAAGUGUAUUUAGCUGUUCAAAGAUUUGUAACUUUGGGUCAAGGACUAUGUCCGGCUGAUUAUGAUACUUUUCAUAUUAAAAAUUUCCACCAGUGGUUCCAUGGAGGUGUAGCCCAGUGGCUCGACAUAGCCGUAUAUAAAGCUUUAAUUCGGAUAGAAAAAGCUGUAGAACUAGACCAGUUAGUUCACGUUGAUACUAAUCUUAAAUACAGUUCAUCAGCUGUAGAUGCUUUAACAAUAUUUUAUCAGGUUAAAACAUUUUGGCAACAGCUAAAUUGGCCUGAUGUUGAAGGGUGCUAUACAUUCAUUGCAAAAAUUAUUGAUGAUAUAUGCAGAUGUUGCGUAUUUUAUGCGGACAAAAUGGCUGCAAGAGUUGAUGGAAUGGGAGACAGCCAAGACGUAUAUGAAAAGAAAUUCGAGGUCACAAACGAAUGGUGUCUAGCCAUAAACAAUAUCGACUAUGUUAGGGAAACGUUGGAACCUUUCACGAGAGAUUUAGGAAUGGAAGAUGUUUUAAAGAAACUAGCUGAUAUUAAAAGCCCUGUUGAAGCUGACAGGUGUAGGAAUACUCUGAACAACGUCAUCUCCAAUGCCAUUGAUACUGUUAGGAAUAAAAUUAUCGAGCUUUUAGAGAUAGUAGCUAAUAAGAUGGGCCCGUCAAUGAAAAGGUUAUUGAUAGAGGGCGCUGAACUAGGUAGCCAAGGUUGUAAUACUAUUGACAGACUGAUGAUGUAUGUCGAUACCAACCUGUCAACGUUGCAUAGGGAACUAAACGACGAGAACUUCAACAGGAUCUUGGAAAUAGUUUGGGAUUUGUUGAGUGAAAUUUUAAAUGAAAUUAUUCAAACUAAUUUGGAGAAACGAAGACCGCCUCCAUUUUUUGCAAAAUUACGCGAAACCCUGAAUCUUAUGCUGGGUUCAUUUAAGAAUCCUGACGACUGCAGUAACUGUGAUGCUUUAAGACGAACGGAACAAAUUUUGAAAAUAAACGGACUGGAAACGGCAGAUCUCAUACAUCAGGCAUAUAUAGAAAUGGCUAAUAUUUUUGACAAAUCCAAAGAGACCCCAUAUGGAGAAAUCUCUUUCAGGUGUAGGUUUCAAGGAGACUCUCUGCAAAUUGAAGUUAUAAACGCGAGAAAUUUAUUUGCCAUGGACUCGAACGGUGCUAGUGAUUCAUUUGUUAGAAUACAUCUAUUUCCAGAGCACAAAUUUAUAGGAGUUGAUAAACCAAAAACAAAAACCCACAAUAAGACUUUGUUUCCUUUGUACGACGAAACUUUUACUAUAGAUCUUAAUCCUGAACAAGCCAGUAUAGAAGACGGACUAAUACUGUUUAGUGUAAAAGACAAAGACAUGCUAGGUUACAACAAUCAGUAUAUAGGAGAAGCGUUUUUGAAAUUCAAAGAUAUUCCGAGGACGGAGUCUUCUUUAAGUAGUUUGCCGCAAGUUAAAAAGUGGUUGUGCAGGCCAACGACAACGGAAACAAACGUCCUCAAGGCUUUAGAAACCAGGCAAGGAGACAAACAAGCCAAAGACUUCCUGAGAAAAUAUAAACAGAGAAUGGGAUCGUAGAAUAAUGCAAUAAAACUUGUAAAACUUACAUGUACUUAAUAGACUGCUAAAUUAUUGUUAUUUUUAUUAUUAGAUAUAAUACAUUGUG